AUGGUAUAUUAUCCCGGCUCAACGUCUCCGAGUCCAUCUAAUCAGGUUGUGUUGCAGUUAGGGAAACUGCGCUCCAGAGUCUCUUACCGAAACAAGCGGCAGAGUGACCAUGCGAAUACCUCUUUAGGUCGCGCUGAAGAUAACUUGGCAACCGAUUCUUCUUCGGACCAUGCUCGACGGGAGAGUUCCGGUCCCGUUGUGACUCUUUCCGCCCAUCGUCUUUUCAAUACGAGUUCGACUACAGGCAAUGAUGGAGAUGGAUCCUCCUUUGCAAGCUAUGACGCUCAUGCCCUUGGUCUCCAUGUCAUAUAUGAGCCAGAUACGAGACCAAUCGCCGAUAUUAUCUUUGUACAUGGUCUCGGCGGCCACAGUUAUAAGACAUGGUGCAAAGACCGCAAUUUGCAGCACUUCUGGCCCGGGUUAUGGCUCUCGAAAGACCCCAAAAUUGGAAAGGCGAGGUUGUUCACCUACGGUUAUGACUCUCAACUCCUCGGCCCCAAAAGUGUGUCAAAUAUCAUGGGUUUCGCAAGGUCGCUCUUGUUCGACAUGCGGUACAGCAGGGGCAAUCAGGAAAACAGCACUAGGAUCGGCGACGCACCUAUAAUCUUUGUCGCUCAUUCUAUGGGUGGCCUUGUCGUUAAGAAAGCUUAUCUGAUGGCUCAGAACGAUCAGAAUUGUACACAAAUCGCCCACUCGAUCCUGGGAAUCAUUUUUCUGUCAACGCCUCAUCGGGGGUCGAAUCUCACCCUCGCGCUGAACCUGAUCCUGAGGGCCACACUUCAGUCGGAAAAAUCCUUUAUCAAAGAACUGGAACGAAACUCUUCGGCCAUUGAGGACAUCAACGACCAAUUCCGCCAUGUUGCAUCGAAACUUUCGAUUGUUUCAUUUUACGAGGAGCAUCCCACUCUUAUAUUGAGACGGCCUCUAAUGAUCGUCCGCAAGGAUUCUGCUAUCUUGGGCUACCAGAAUGAAGAGUCAAGAGGUCUACCUGCUGACCACCACACCAUUUGCAAAUUCGCCAGUGACGAGGAUCCGAAAUUUAGAAUAGUCAGAGACACUUUGAAAGGUCUUGUGGAGAAGCUAGACACUCUCCGAGCACCUGAUGUCGGGAUUCCCAAGACCAACGAAGAUAUUAGAAAGAUUCUGGGUCUCUCACGCAGUCCGGUCGAGGACUUCAACACCCUCCGCAAACGCUGGAUGGUAGGAAGCUGUGAAUGGUUCCUCCAGGAUCCUGGCAUUCAGGACUGGCUUGCAGACCUUUCCGGUUCUCAUCUGAUAUGGUACAAUGCACCGCCUGCGAACGGCAAGUCAGUCCUCUCAAGCUACGUCAUCCAAUACCUUCAGUCGAAUGACCACCAUUGUCAGUAUUAUUUCUUCAACUUCGGAGAUCAAACGAGACGAUCAAUAAGUGGGAUGCUGAAGUCACUGGCGUAUCAGAUAUCUUCAAUUAUGCCUGAGUAUGGGAAGGAGAUAGUCACAACCUGCACAGAAGGCAUUCGAUUGGACGAGGACAGCUACCACUUUCUGUGGCAGAAACUGUUCGAGAAUCUCUUCUUCUGCAAAACUUCCCCCCGCCCACUUUUCUGGGUCAUCGAUGGCCUGGAUGAAUCCGAAUCACCCCAGAUGGUCAUAGAACUGUUGGAAGACCUUCUUUCACAUUCACGUAUCCAAAUGAAGGUUCUGGUCACUAGCCGGAGGACAGAAGCACUUACACUAAAGUUCAGAAAGCUCGAGCGUCUACCAAAAGUCAACGUAAUCGACGGUGAAGAUCAGACUCACAAUGACCAAGACAUCAAGCUAGUCGUUGACAGGGAACUCGAAUAUCUGCACGGAAGCGCGGCUCUUAAGGGACAACUUCAGAAAGAGAUUUUGCAACGGGCAAGAGGCAACUUUCUGUGGGUGAAUCUUGUGCUUGAGGAGCUUCACAAGUGCCAAACCGAAAGAGAGAUUCGGGCCGCCUUAGAACAAAUACCCGAGAAUAUGACGAACAUGUACGCGCGAAUGCAACUUGCGAUUAUCGAAAAUCCCAACGAGCAGCGGGUCCAGUUAGCAAAACAAUUACUUCAAUGGGUGGCUUGUGUCCCUCGUCCCUUAACCUUAGAUGAGUUACGAGACGCCAUCAGCAAAGAUUACCCUGAUGUCCUGGAUCUAAAGAAGGCCGUUCGAGACGUUUGUGGCCAGUUCAUUCUCAUCGACAGCACGAGCCAUGUCACGACAAUCCAUCAAACUGCGCGCGACUUUCUGACAAAAUCUUCAAACAGUGUGAUCGCAACCAAUCGCCAAAGUGCAAACAGCAUGGUCCUGGUGAAAAGUCUCUCUAGUCUAAGCAAUUCGUCCACUCGUGCCACGGCUCUCGGUGCGAGGGAAGACAUGUCGGUCCGGAAAGAGCUUGAAGCUCAGCAGCCUUUUGCCUUUUAUGCCGCCAAUUCGUGGUUCUACUACCUUGACGAUGCUGGCCUUGUUUCGGAGGAGGGGCUGGAAGCGCUGGAGAGGUUCUUCAGCAGUCCCCAUGUCCUCGACUGGAUCUACAUUCUCGCGAUCCUCGACCAAGUCGGCACGUUGGCCAGAGCUGGAAAUGCUCUGUCAACCUUUGUUUCCAGCAACCGUAAGCACAAUCGCCACCGAAAUCCGAUGCUCCAUCGACUACCUACACUUGAGUUCCUGGGAAACUGGGGUUUAGACUUGAUGAGGAUAACAGCAAAAUAUAACAAACACCUCACCACCCAACCUUAUGCCGUCUAUGAGAUAAUUCCAGCUUUAUGUCCGCCGAAUUCCAUGAUCAACCGCCAAUUCCACCACCGCAAGAAGUCAAAGAUCACGGUAUGCGGUCAAAAUGAGUCGUGGACUGACGUAUUUGCUCGUUUCUCACUUCCUCAGGACGAAACAGUUUCGAAGAUAGUGUCUUCGGGACCUCAUCUGGCAGUGUUUACUCAUGGCGGCAUUGCGCAUAUAUGGAGCUCCACCGAUUUUAGCGAGGUGUGCGCACUCCGCCAUGGUGAACCUGCGAUUGAUAUUUGCAUGAAUAACAGAGGUGACGUGCUUGUGACCUACGGGUUGAGGACAACAAUAGUCUGGGACAUCCCUGCAGGCACCAUCCGUCUGCGGGCAUCAAACCCAGGAAACAGCAAAGCAAUGUCGCUAGCUUUUGCAAUGAAUGAGCAGCGAGUCCUGGCUGCGACAGAUGACAGCUCGGUCAGGUACUUGGAGAUAACAGAAAACGGAGCGACAUGGAAAGUUCUCAAUAGGUCCCUACUCAAAGAGAACCCUCAGUCCGACUCAACAAUUAUCAACAGCCCGAGUUUCAUAAAAUUCAACACAACCGGUACGCAGGUUGCAGUCUGCUAUAGGUCGUUUCCUCUCACAGUCUGGGACUUGAACAGAGCGACGUUUAUCAGACGGUGCUUGAGACCAGUCGCUAGCGCAGACCCAGCUUUGGUUUCUCCGCAAACUUGGUUUCCCGUAGAACUCUUCGCAUGGAAUCCUGUCACUGGUCACAUCAUUGGCUGGUACAAGGGCAACAAUCUUUUCAAAUGGCAUCCGGUGACAGACGACAUUCAUGAAGUCUCCGCCUGUGUCGACGGGUUGGCCUCAAGUCCGAACGGGAAAGUUUUUGUGACGAGUGACAGCAAUGGCGUGGUCAAGCUCUGGAACUUUGAAUCUUUCAGCGUCAUAUACCAACUUUCGUCGGGAGACUUGGUCAGUGGGUUAUCCUUCAGCUCAGACUCCAUGCGGUUUUAUGAUGUCCGAGGAUCGACUGUCACUGCAUGGGAACCCAGUGGCUUGCCUCAGCUUGUAGGCUCAGAAGAGACUUUCGAUGAUGCCGCUAGUGAUGAACGGCAUGGUGCAACCAUUUCUAAUGUAUCCGAGGCGAAUGCCCCACAAUAUCCAACUCUCACUGCCCUCUCUACAGCUCCAGGUGGACUAUGGUACUCGGCUGGUAAUGAUGACGGCGAGGUUUAUCUCGCGGAUGUCCAAGCCACGUUUCGGAUUGAGCUUACACGCUUCCACAGCUUUCAAUGUGUUGGUCAUCUCGUCUGGAGUCCAAGUGGCGGAAUCAUUGCUGCAGCCGAUCUGGCAGCCGACGUCCGAAUAAUUCAGAUCGAAAAUACUCGUUCCAUAUGUCUCAAACCAACAGAUGUUCGGCUUUUACAACGUCCAAAGUUGGCACUUGAAGGACGUGCUAUACAUCAAAUGCUACUCGAUUUCUCGUCACGAUUGCUUCUCGUUAUCAGCGACAAUCUUGCCCAAACCUGGGACAUUGUUGACUGCAGCAUAAAGACCUCUGCCCCUAUGGACUGUGCUGCUCAACAGGGUUGGUUGAACCAUCCCACCAAUCACGAGCUAUUCUUGGGGGUUGGACCAGAACACAUCAGGAUAUAUCAAUGGUCCAACUUACAACAAACGCACUAUUUCAGGUUCAACAACGCAGUGGAGUCUCUCGUGAGACAGCCAGGCUCCAUCCCUCAGUUGGACAAGACACUGCAAGUGACUGAUCUGUCAAUCUCGAGACAAGAAUCUGUGACAAGAAUCCACAAAGUCAUGCUCACACAAGAUCUCAAGCACAUUCUGGUAUUUCUUAAGGACUACGUGUCGAACAGUAGUGUUCUGAAAAAACUUCUUAUUGUACAAGUGGAAUCACUGAAUACAGCUACAGACAAUGGAGAGGGAAUCGCGCUCGAGUACCUGCGGAUUGCGAACGAUCUGACCGAGAAACUUGAAGCACCUUUGGGCAUUUUGCCGGGCCAUCAGUUGAUCUUUCUCGAUCGAGACUUAUGGGUCUGUUCCAUCAGCCUAACCCGACCAAAAGAUGUGGAUUCGCUACUACGUCACUACUUCAUCCCAAGGGGUUGGACUAGGGCUGAAGAUCUCGUGCUAUGCACCAUGUUACGAGAUGGGACAUUAUUCUGUAUCCAGGAAGGCAAUAUCGUGACAAUCAGGAGCAAUCUUGGAGUAUAG